AAAAGCGCCGCUGUCCGCCAUAUUGCCCAUAUUGAACAAAAAAUUUUUUCGCUAGUGCGUUUGUUAUAUGAUAUUAUAGUCUGAAUAAUCUAUUCUGGGAGUUUCUUCAAGUUAUCUUAGGAGCCAUGGAUUCUCUGGUAGGAUACGGAAGUGACGAUGAGCACGAAAACGAUCGCUAUGCUGGUCAUCACUCAUCGGGCGCGGGGCGGCGGCGCGAGGACGACACAAACUACGAGGAAGUGAACAUGGACAUGAGCGAGGACUCGCAGCAGGAGUCGGAGCCCGAGCUGCCGCAGGCGGAGCGCCCCGGCGACCGCGGCUCCGGUAAGGCCGACAGCCGUGAUCGAGAAAGAUCCCGCGAUCGCCGAGACCGCCGUCGCGAGUCGCCAAGGCGUGACCGUGAUCGUCGGUCACCCCGGCGCGAUGACAGAUCUAACAGAUCGGACAGGCCGGAUCGUAACCGCGGCUUUGAAGGCUCUCGCCGCGGACUGCUGGGCGACAGACCCGAUGACAGGCCUGACAAGCCGCCAGCCCUCAUGGACCUGAAGUUCGGAGACGGGGCUCCGGGGGCGCCCCGGGGGGAUGGCGCGCGCUCGCACGAUGCCCGAGAUGCCGUGUCGCCCAGAUUUGUCGAUCGUGAUCGUCGCGACAGAGACAGAGGAUCGCGGGAGCGCGAGCGUGACCGAGACAACAGAGAAGGCCGCUAUAGAGACCGUCGCGAUGACGACAGAAGGUCCCGCGAGCCUCGAGACAGUCGCGAGUCGCGGGGCUCCCGCGAGCGCCCCGACGAGCGCCCGCCCCGCGCGCGCCCCGGCGCCGCCUUCCCGCCGCCGUCGCACGUCGCCGGAAGCAGCUCCGGCUACAGCGAGCGUCGCGGCGAUGGCGACUACAAACCUUCCUCAUUCAAGGUCAACAGAAAGCUGGAAGUCAUGGAGAAAAUGGGCCUGCAAAUCAAAACCCCUGACGGUUCCAUGGCAACAGCGCAGCAGUUGCGAGCGGCGGCUCACGAGCCUGGACAACCUGCGCCGUUACCUUCUUACUACAACCCGCAGGCGCCUUCUAACAAGAUCCUCGAUCAGGUGGCGAAACGCAAGCUGCUAUGGGCUCAUAAGAAGGAAGAAAAGUCUGAAGCAGAAAAAGCGGCGCCCUGGACCGGUACACGCUUCGCUUCAGAUCAGGACGGCAAGCAGGCAUCGAAGUUCAUGCGGCUCAUGGGCAUAAGAGACCCUGAUGCAGUCAAACAAGAGGCGCCAGAGAAAACCGUAGACCCCAUCAAGAAACAAGAAGAGCUAUUCCAAGCCAUGCAAGCGCAGUACGAAGUCGCGCGAGCCACCACACACACGAUGCGGGGCGUAGGGCUCGGGUUCCAACGUGGACAAUACUAGUGCUAGUGCCUCAGUGACAAUCUAAAGUGAUGAGCGUUUUAGGAUCAUACGCCUGUCAAGAAACUUAAUCUACACUCCAAUGCCUCAAACGAACACAAAUGUUACUAGAAGCCAUAGAAACAGCAAACACUAUCAAAGAAGAGAAGAGUGCCUCGGUGACUGAAUCUAACUGUUGUGGUAUUAUAGGUCUAAUGUGUUGCAUAAAAAGUAUAAAAUCAUAAAGCCAAUAGAGAAGACAGCAAUCAUUAAAAAGCAAGCUGUUCUAAGCCAUACAAGCGUGGUAAUUCUGUGAAGGAUAAUCUUAAUGCUUCAUGAGUGUAUGUCUGUUUUAGGAUUGUGGACAAGAAAUGUGUAUGAUAUGUAAGAAUAUUGCAUCCUGCACGGAUAGCAUGGUCGAGCGAUAGACGAUAAAACAUCAGGCCGUCCCUAUCGCACUAUAAUAAGUGCGAUAGGGACGGCCUGAUGUUUUAUCAUUUAUCGCGCGACCAUACUUGCCUGCCUGGCUUUUUAUUGCCUCUGAUUGUGGUGAGUGCGUGUAUAAACAUUUGAAUGUUUUGACUGACUGAUAUUACAGACUAGAAAUGCAAGCACUUUUUUGUAUCUGAUCUUAGAUUUGAUGAUGAUGCUGAUGAAGGUGUCCAUAGGCUAUGGCUGUUUAGGCACGACUGUAUGCUUGUUGGUCACCAACAUAGUAUAAUUAUCAAAAUAUAUAUGAGGAGAAUAAUAAUCUAAAACCUAAAUGUCUUCCCUCUAGUCCUAUAUUGAGAAGUGUAAUAUUAUCUAAAAAGUGAAUCUUACAUAAUAAUUUCUACUUUUUUUACUCUCUGAUAAGUUGGCAAGUAGAUUUGAGCCAUAUAAAAAUACACCAUCACCAUUUAUGAUAUACAUGUUGUAUUUUGAAUAUUAUGAUAUUGUAAAGAUAACAUUUUAUAACAGAUCAGAUGAAUACAAAAUUAAAAUAUUGCUUAUUCACUUGUUCUCGUAUUCUGUAAACUGGUAUUCUAAACUAGGCUUCAACAAGCCAAAUGUCCUAUUCCAUUCUAAAAUUUGUAAAAAAAUUGUCUUAUUGAGAAAGCUAUUUUUAAGAAAUAGAUUUUUGUAUAUACUUCUAAAAAUUGAAGCAUUUUUUUUUGGUCAAUGCACAUUUGAGGCACCAAUAAUUUUUCGUUAUAAAUAAAUGUGUGUAUAAUUAGUAGUGUAAUUAACACUUUAUUAUAAUUGAAUAAGGUCUUAUAUUGAUCAGUUACGUAGUGUUCGUACUGAUUUUCAGAGGACUGUAUGAAAGUUGUACAUGUAUGUAAAACUAUUGUUUCAAUACAAUUUGUAUGAUGUGUAACUUAUAAGUAAGAAUAGACAAUUGAUUAUGAUUCUUUAAUAUACAAAAUGUUCUGUAUAUUAUGGUAAAUAACGAAUUCACGCAUUAUCUAGUCUAUUAUUAAAAGGACACUUAUGUAACAGGUAAAAUAAAAAUGAAAAUAAAACACAUGACUUUAAAAAUUAUGUGAAAAACGAUAAUUUCAACUGAUUUCAAGCACUGUUUAUUCAACAAAUGGUUUUCAAUGAACCAUAAACCAUCAUUGAUAAUGCAUCAUAGAUUAUGCUAGUGUAGAUAUUACAGCUUGAAAGUAGAAAUUAAAGUGGCAAUAUCGUCAUGCCAUCCCGCGAUGCGACGAUGUUGCCACUUUUUAGCUUCACUUUUUUUAAAGGCUGUACCUGCUAUUUGUGUGAUAAAUUGUAUUCUAGUGAGAAAUAAUUAUUGUGUGGUCACAGAUCUUCCUCCUAACGCUGAUAGUUUUGUAAUUCCUAGUAGAUAUAUGAUACGGUAGUCUUACUCCAUGCAAUGAUUAUUAUUUUUAAUUUAUAUGUAAGGCAAUAAAUGUUAUGAUUAAUUUA